AUGUCGAGAGAAAGACUACGUUAUUUGGAAGCCAUGGUAAUAACACCUGCUUAUUUGUGGCAAAGUCAGGUCCAACAUGCACCAUUACCUAUGGAUGUGGGAGAAUACCAAAUGCCACUUCUUCAUGUGAUUGAGAUCCGUUUAAAGGCUAAAUGUGACAAGUUGGCUGAUGCUUUUAUUGAUGAUUUGGAUUCAUCAACAGGAAGGUGUUGUUCAAAAGACAUAAAUGCCCUCCUCAUUUUGUUUCGUUCAGAGUUUUGGAGCAUAUUCUCCUGCUUGAGACUUAUACACAGGAAGAUAAUGAAAUAUCUUGUCGAAGCCAUUGAAGAAGCUUCACUUGCAUACAACAAAGUUGCAAUAUCAAGAAAUAGUGAAGAAACUAGAGAAUAUGCAAUGGACAAUUCAUCAAGUGGAAAUGGAUCUCAACCGAUUACCCGGUUCUUGAAAUAA